AUGCACUGCCAAGAGAAUACAGUAAAUUACGUUUGCUGGCUCUUCAUCAUCGGAGGGGUGGCAUUCUUCUUCCGCCAAAUGAGGACUUGCACCCCAUACGGGCGAUACGUAACCUCUGAGUCCCAUGAGGAGAUUAUGGUUCCUGCCAAAGCAGCCUGGUUCAUUCAGGAACUGCCAUCUUUUCUGGUCCCUGCGCUCCUCUUUGUGUUCACGGACAACUCGGCCGGCAUAGGCAGACAUUUCCUCAUCUGGAUGUUCUGUCUUCAUUACUUCCAAAGAACAUUCAUCUAUUCUCUGCUAACUCAAGGAAGACCCUCCCCUCUGCGCAUUGUGGUGUUUGCUGCUAUGUUCUGUUCUCUGAACGGCUGGCUUCAAGGUCACUACAUACUGCACUGUGUCAAGUACGAUGACUCAUGGUGGAGAGACAUUCGUCCAUUUACUGGUUUAGUGAUGUUUUUUUCCGGGAUGGCCAUCAACAUUCACAGUGAUCACAUACUCCGUAAUUUAAGAAAACCUGGAGAAAUUGCAUACAAAAUUCCCAAAGGGGGAAUGUUUGAGUUAGUAUCAGGGGCCAACUACUUCGGCGAGAUUCUGGAGUGGUGUGGCUAUGCCGUAGCGACGUGGUCUUUCUCUGCCGUAUCGUUUGCUUUUUUUACCAUCUGUUCCAUCGGCCCCCGAGCCUUUCACCACCACCGAUACUACAUCAACAAAUUUGACGACUACCCGAAAUCACGCAAGGCAGUGAUCCCCUUCGUUUUUUAA